GAUACAAACGAUCGUAUUCAAAACCCAUCGAAUUACUCAGUAACUAAACAAACUCCGUAAAUAAAUAACGAAAGUACGCUAGUUGACAAUACAAAGCAGGUGCCUUGUGUUGUGAACGGUUCAAGAUCCGUUCAAAAGAUCCUCAAGGAAACUUCUUUCGUGAUGAAAUGAGAACUAUUACAGGAUUUACUUCCAUGAGUGCCACCCCACCUCGUACUUCCAGCGUUCUUGAUGUUUGGAAUGCCGUGGUAGCAUCAGAUGCAGAAGCAUUGCGGUCUGCCCUUGACGCACGAACUAUCAUAUCUAAUUUGUGGAAAAUAUGUGAUAAUCACGGAUGGACGAUCCUACACCAUGCGGCGGCAGGUCACAGUUUGGAGUGUGUUCGGCUGGUGACAACGCGAUUGAAACCAAAAACCAGGGCCACAUGCUACGAGGGCUUCACACCGUUAGCACGAGCUUGUGAACGAGGUGCUUCUUAUGACAUCAUAUCCUUUCUCAUCCAGCUUGAUCCAGGCUCAGUGAAUAUUGGUAACAUAGAGGAAGUUAGUCCGCUUCACUAUGCUGUACUUUAUAGUAGAUUAGAUUUGGUCGAAAUUCUGGUAGCAAACGGUGCACGCGUGCAUGCACUCGACUAUUCUAAAGAAGGGCCUGCAUGCACUGCAGCUUUCGAUACCGGACACAUAGAGAUUUUGAUAUAUUUGUUGUUCUAUGCGAAAAGUCCUUGUCCAAAGCUGCGUAAAUUUUGUGCCAGAGCAUGUUAUGCCGUCGAAAAGAAAACAGCUAUUUUCAAAAUUCUCUUCAACCUCAAAUACCCUGAACAUAUGCAUCGUCAGCGGUAUGAGUGGGAAACCAUCUGUCCGUUAGCGCUGUUGAGCCAUCGUUCUACCUCGUUGAUUCCUUAUUUUAUAGAAACUGAAUUGAAAUGGGAGAAAAAUGAGGCUAUACAAUCUGUAUACAAACGACUCUUGAAUGCCAACUGCGGUCUCUUGGCCAUGGUGGUAGUGGGUGAAGUAAAAGACGCUACGCGUCCAUUAAAGGACUGGCCUGAGGAAUUUAUACUACAGGACCUAAAGUGUGAGAUAGUACAGGCGGCAUUCACGUCAUUAACUUCUAAUACCGAAGAGCAGUUCGCUGGAUUAAUGGAAAGUGUGUUUUCGAUUAUAAAUCUUUCCAAAUCAGUUAUUGGCCAUCUGGCACGAGAAAUUUUUCAGGAGUUAACGGAUAAAUUAUUGGUGAUCAACUACGGGAACGAACUUCGGCAAUUGCAAGCUUAUCAACGAAUUGUGGAUUGCCUCAUGGAAAGUUAUGAAGGUUCCGUCGAUGAAUUAGUUGCACAAGUACUUACAACAAUUUUAUCACCGAAACAUCCAUUGAUAAGAUUUAUAAUUCCGUUUCUUAGUUAUUGCACUGAUUUAUUUAUGCGGCCAGAAAUAGGGGAACCAGACAACCUCAAUGAUACACUUCGAUUGUUUUGCCAUACCAUCGGCUCGAUGGAAACGCUCAAAGGCUUGCCUAACCAUCACUGUUUUCCAUUGAAAAGGCUCGCCCGAGAUACUAUUCGUCGACAGGUACUCGACACAAUGCCAAAGCUGAGGUCGGCCGGAUACAACCGAAGGUAUAGAGACAAUUUAAAUUUGUUAGAUUUGCCAAAUCGGUUGAAACUUUACCUACAGUAUUGUGAUAGAGAUACAAUUGAAACCUUACUCGCCCCCUCAGAGAAUUGAAACCAUUGAAUAGGAAAAGUUGCGAUUGCUUAUUAAGAAAUGGUUUAGAAAGAAGAUUAUCGGCUUGGUAUCGAUAAUGAAACACUGAACUACGAUUUUCAUCAACGCGAUCAUUUGUACUAUUUUGAAAGAUUGUGAUAGAAGAGAAAAAAUACAGGUUGUAUUCCAAUUUAUAAAAAGCCGUCAAAGAAUUGUUAGUUUGUUGAAUUGAAAUAAAAUUUAUUAU